AAAACAGCAGCGUGAGAGGAAGCUGGGCAAAGAAUGAUCAGCAAGAGAGAGACGAAACACAGCAUAGGCUAACUGGCAUGCAAGCACUGAAGCUGCAGGUGGCAUCUCUGGGAAUCUUUUCGGCGCAGACGUGAGUUUUCAGGCAAUAUAAUGACUACGCCCACCUGGCAAGCGUUGGCCAUCUACAUGGUCUUAGCUGCAAACCUCUCCGAACAGCAAGCACUGAAGCAGGCUUGUCCUUCAUGCGGUGCCAGUCAGCUUUGCAACUGCUCCUCCAUGGGCUUGGCCUUCAUUCCCCCUGGGCUCACGGCCAAAAUCACAGUGUUAAACCUGGCCCACAACAGGAUAAAGCGCAUCCAAUCCCAGGACCUGCAGCAGGCUGUGAACCUGAGAGCCCUGCUGCUGCAGUCCAACGAAAUCAGCUCCAUAGAUGAGGACUCCUUCCAGUCCCUGGCAAAACUGGAGCUCUUGGACUUAUCAAAUAACAGCUUGGCUCACUUGUCCCCUAUGUGGUUUGGGCACCUUUUUUCACUCCAGCACCUCUACCUUCAAGGCAAUUCCUACAGAGACCUGGGACAGAGCUCCCCCUUUUCUAGCCUGAGGAACCUGAGUUCUCUCCACCUGGGCAGCCCGCAGCUCUCCGUGAUAAGGCAAGGGAACUUUGAGGGCAUUGAGUUUCUGCACAGGUUGUGGAUUGAUGGCAGCAAUCUCAGUCAGUACGAGGAGGGAAGUUUGAAAUCAAUUAAGGAGAUAAAUCACAUGAUCAUAGGCAUAAGAAAUAUUACUGUGUUCUCAGAAAUUGUUAGGGACCUUCUGCACUCUGUCACUUGGCUGGAAGUGAGAAGAAUAGCAUUUGGUAUCACUGCAGAAAUGCAAGCACUGAGAGUCAUGUCUUCAUCUUUUGUAAAGAAGCUUUCUUUUAGACAGAUCUUACUAACAGAUGCUACUGUGCCUGAGAUUGCCAGCAUUUUAGAAGACAUGCCAAAAUUAGCAGAGCUGGAGCUGGUAGACAGUAGACUCUUGGGAACCGGACAAUGGAAAAUGCAAAUUCAAGUAAAGCAAUCACAGACACUUAAAGUUAUCACAAUAGAGAAAUUAUCUAUAGAAGAAUUUUACUUGUUUACAGAUCUUCAGCCAGUGGAAGGUCUACUAUCUCUUUUUACAAGAAUCACAGUUUGGGAAACCAAGGUUUUUUUGGUACCAUGCAGAAUUUCCCAACAGCUUCUGUCAUUAGAAUAUCUUGACCUUAGUGCAAAUUUGCUUGGAGACCAGAGUUUAGAACAUUCAGCCUGUCAGGGUGGUUGGCCAUCCCUACAAACUCUAAAUUUAAGUCAGAAUUCACUGAGUGACUUAGAAAUCACAAGUAAAAGUUUGUCUCAUCUAGGAAACCUAAUUGUUUUAGACAUUAGCCAAAAUAAUUUUGGUGAGAUUCCAGAUGCGUGUAAAUGGCCAGAAAACCUGAAAUAUUUAAAUCUGUCCAGCACUCAAAUUCCUAAAGUAACAAGCUGCAUUCCUGAAACGCUGGAAGUUUUGGAUGUUAGUGGAAACAACCUGAAGGAGUUUGGACUGCAGCUCCCACUUCUGAAAGAGCUGUACCUCACAAGAAACCAGCUGAAGGCCCUGCCAGGUGCUGCACCCAUUCCAAAUUUAGUGGCCUUGUCCGUCAGAAGAAACAAGCUGAACAGUUUCUCCAAGGAGGAGUUUGAGUCGUUCAGGAGAAUGGAGCUGCUGGAUGCCAGUGACAACAACUUCAUCUGCUCCUGCGAGUUCCUCUCCUUUGUCCAGCACGAAGCCGGGAUAGGCCAGGUGCUGGUGGGGUGGCCGGACAAGUACGUGUGUGACUCUCCGCUGGCGGUGAGAGGGGCGCAGGUUGGCGCUCUGCACCUGUCCCUGAUGGAGUGCCACAGGUCCCUGGUGGUGUCGUUGAUCUGCGUGCUGGUGUUCCUGGUGAUCCUGCUGCUGGUGGCCGUCGGCUACAAGUACCACGUGGUCUGGUACCUGCGGAUGAUGUGGGCAUGGCUGCAAGCCAAGCGGAAGCCCAAGCGCGCCCCGCCAAAGGACGUCUGCUACGACGCUUUUGUCUCCUACAGCGAGAACGACUCCGACUGGGUGGAGAACACCAUGGUGCGGGAGCUGGAGCAGGCCUGCCCUCCCUUCCGGCUCUGCCUGCACAAGCGGGACUUUGUGCCUGGGAAGUGGAUUGUGGACAACAUCAUCGACUCCAUUGAGAAGAGCCACAAAACGCUCUUUGUGCUGUCCGAGCACUUUGUGCAGAGCGAGUGGUGCAAAUACGAGCUGGACUUCUCACAUUUCCGCCUCUUUGAUGAGAACAACGACGCGGCGAUUCUUGUCCUCCUGGAGCCCAUCCAGAGCAAAGCGAUUCCCAAGAGAUUCUGCAAGCUGCGGAAGAUCAUGAACACAAAGACUUACCUGGAGUGGCCUCUCGAAGAGGACCAGCAGCAGAUCUUUUGGUUUAAUUUGAAAAUUGCUCUAAGAUCAUAGACAGGGAAAUUAAGG